CGGCGGCGGCGAGGAGCAGCAGCGGCGGCAGGAUGUUAGGGCAGCAGCAGCAGCUGUACUCGUCGGCCGCGCUCCUGACCGGAGAGCGGAGCCGGCUGCUCACCUGCUACGUGCAGGACUACCUGGAGUGUGUGGAGUCGCUGCCCCACGACAUGCAGAGGAACGUGUCGGUGCUGCGGGAGCUGGACAACAAAUACCAAGAAACUUUAAAGGAAAUUGAUGAUGUCUAUGAAAGGUAUAAGAAAGAAGAUGAUUCAAACCAGAAAAAACGCCUACAGCAGCAUCUCCAGAGAGCGUUAAUCAAUAGCCAAGAAUUGGGAGAUGAGAAAAUUCAGAUUGUCACACAGAUGCUCGAAUUGGUGGAAAACCGAGCAAGACAAAUGGAGCUGCAUUCCCAGUGUUUCCAAGAUCCUGCUGAAAGUGAGCGGGCCUCAGACAAAUCGAAGAUGGAUUCUAGUCAACCCGAAAGAUCUUCUAGAAGACCUCGAAGACAGCGGACCAGUGAGAGCCGUGACUUAUGUCACAUGACAAAUGGGAUUGACGACUGCGAUGAUCAGCCUCCGAAAGAAAAGAAAUCCAAGUCUGCUAAGAAGAAGAAGCGCUCCAAGGCCAAGCAGGAGAGGGAAGCGUCACCUGCCGAGUUUGCCAUAGAUCCCAACGAGCCCACCUACUGCUUAUGUAACCAAGUGUCUUAUGGGGAGAUGAUAGGCUGUGACAAUGAACAGUGUCCCAUUGAAUGGUUUCACUUUUCAUGCGUUUCACUCACCUAUAAACCAAAGGGGAAAUGGUAUUGCCCCAAGUGCAGGGGAGACAAUGAGAAAACCAUGGACAAAAGUACCGAAAAGACAAAAAAGGAGAGGCGAGCGAGGUAGUGAAGGCCAUCCAUGUUUUAAAGGGUUCUUUGUCUUUUAUAGAAUUGGUUUACUUUGAGAAAAUGUUUUAGGGUAAAUGCAUAAGACUAUGCAAUAAUUUUUAAUCAUUAGUAUUGAUGGUGUAUUAAAAGUUGUUGUACUUUG